AGUUCAGACUUCAAACGUAAGUAAACAUAAUUGCAAGUAGAUACAGUUGUUGAGUGUUUGUGUUGAUUAAAAGCGGUCAGUAUCUGAUCCGACCCGUUUAUCCCAUGUAUUCUGCAACCUUAACUUACACUUGUUGCAGGAGAAAUACAAGAAUCUAGAGCCCUGAAUUCAGCAGAUAUGCCUACUUAUAAUCUUGUUGUUUUGUUGAUCACCAACAUAAUAUUCUUCACUCUUUUUUCAAUCUCAUCAUCUCUUCCUUUCAUUGUACUCCAUGGAAUUGGAGACAAAUGUACCCACAAAGGGAUUUCAAGUUUUACCGAACAACUAAGUGACUGGUCUAAAUCUGAUGGAUAUUGCUUGGAAAUUGGAGAUGGAAGCUGGGAUUCUUGGUUUAUGCCUCUACAAGAUCAGGCUCAAAUCGUCUGCGACAAGGUGAAGGAAAACAAAAAACUAAGCAAGGGUUACAACAUAGUUGGUCUCUCUCAGGGUAACUUAAUAGGUCGAGCUGUCGUGGAAUUUUGUGAGGGUGGACCCUCUGUUAAGAACCUGAUAUCGUUGGGAGGGCCUCAUGCUGGUACUGCUUCUGUUCCACUUUGCGGAACAGGUAUAUUCUGUAUAUUGGCCGACAACUUGAUAAAAUCAGAGGUCUACAGCGACUAUGUGCAAGCUCACUUGGCUCCGGCUGGUUACCUUAAACUACCAAAUGACAUUCCUGACUAUUUAGAGCAUUGUACCUUCCUGCCAAGGCUCAAUAAUGAAAUCCCUGAAGAUAGGAACUCUACAUACAAAGAGAGGUUUUCAAGUUUACAGAAUCUGGUGUUGAUCAUGCAUGAAGACGACACUGUGUUGAUUCCGAAGGAAACUGCCUGGUUUGGGUAUUAUCCCGAUGGAGCAUUCAAGCCAGUCUUGCCUCCACAGCAGACUCAGCUCUACCAAGAGGAUUGGAUUGGUUUGAGAGCACUGGAUGAAGCUGGCCGGGUUAAGUACAUCAGUGUUUCAGGAAAUCAUCUUGCGAUUUCUUACGAGGACAUGAAAAAAUACAUUGUCCCUUACUUGGAAGAGGGAGCAUCAACUCAAAGUGUAGGGACAGGAAGCAACAUGAAGAAAACUGCUAUGCACCAGCGCUUGAGGGAAGCAUGGUAAGAGGGACUAUUAAUAUUUCACAGGUUCCUUUUUACUGAAUUCGAAAACUUCACCUUGCGACAUCCUAGUUAAGUUAAUAUAAGAUGUCCAAGCUCAAUGGAUGGCUUGUUAUCUACCUUAUUCUUUUGAAACUAUUCUACAAAAUCUCAUACAUAAUUAAGUGUACAUGAUGUGUGUUGUAGAUACUAUAUAUAUGAAUUUACAUUAAAUUUGGUUAGCCUAUAUAAAAUUUGACUUGUGUUGAGCUUUCA